AUGUCCGAAGAUAACCUCGAGGUGAUGCCCCGAGGCGCAAAGGACUUCACAGAUACGCUUUCCGAUGUAAUCCAAGGAGCCAAACUGCCAGCCAAGCGUCGCGGCACCAGCAUCAAGCCUACCGUUGAAGACUUGACCUCGCAGUUAUAUGAGAGGGGGAUUUUGCCAGAUGCACUAGAGGAUCUCAUCGACCUCAUCACGACCCCUAGCCACUUGGACCAGGCGAGCCUGAACAGUAUCAUUCGAAACCUUUACCCGACGGCUUCCGUACGCAGCCAUAAUGCCAUCAAAAUCAUUGGCUGUCUCGGCCAUGGUGCUCAAAAGCCUUCUCUCGCCAUUCAAGCCGCGUUGCUGAGAUGGCUUGUUAUGGUAUAUCACAUUAUAGACAAGCAAAACGCCUUGUCCAACGCUUACUCGGUCCUGUUCAAUCUACUCGACACUGCGGCAAUCCGGCCACAACUAUGUCAUAUUCUCGCCUUGAUCACGCGGCGUAGGCAUGUUCGACCAUUUCGGAUCCAAGCGCUGCUGUCAUUGAAUAGAGACACUGGAAACGAUCCUGCCCUCGUAGGGCUGCUUCGAGUCUUCAAGGAUUACUAUCCCGAGAUUAUUGUAGGAGAAGCAACUCAUGGCAAGGCCUCAGCUUUCAAGCAUCCGGAUCCUCAAUGGCGUGAACGACUCCAUGAGAUCCAGCGAGCCCAUACUCGACCCCUCGAUGAGCUUGCCAAGCCCCGUGACGCCUUCCGAGUUUCUCGCCAUUACGGCAACAGCAAUGGCCGUGGAAAAGGUGCCAUAAUCCCGCAAGUACACACUUCUCAUGCACAGGAAAACUCCAUAACCCUUGAAGAAAUCGAGAAUGUGGACGGCCUGGUGAAUGGGCUCGAAACGAUCCAAUUACCCAAUCAACUCAUAUCAGUGCUUGCCGAUCCUCUGCUGCAGAAGUUGAUGCUCCUGAAACCGGCCACAGAAGCCCAUCAAAGGGUUAGCAAUUGGCUGGUUUCCUUCACCCAAGACGUAAUGGAUAGGGAAGCCGACGACAUACUAGGAGGGAUACUCGAGCUUUUGCAGUCGUAUGUGUCCACAACAAAGAAUCUUCCCCCUGUUGUUUUGUCCUUUCUGUGGCAAUACAUGAAGGUGUGGGACGGCCGGGAAAGCAGAGCCAUGAUCCUCGAUAUUCUUGCAAAUGCGCCCCUCCCUUCAUCUGGAUUUGCUGAUCUUUACGAUAGCAUUUUCCGGCCAAUGGAAGCAAAAAUAAUUGAUGGAUCUGCGACGUCACAACUUGAAAUAUUGGCAUUUUAUACGGCAUUGCUUCGACAUUGGGCUGUUGUCCUGCUAUCGCAAGAACAAAAUACAGUUGAAGCAGCUAAGGCCGUGCCCGAACUCAUCGCCCACGUCAACAAGCUCUGUCUCGCCGUCCUCCAGACAUCAACCAGUACAUCUACGCAAUCCCAAGUCCUGGCUUUCUACGAAGAAUGCGCCCGUCUCGCCUCCAACCCGAAACUGUCCCGCCUAGUCAGCAUCGUCAUCCCGCCCUCUCCGCUGGUCUACAUGCUCUACUUCACCCUCUGCCCAGCCACGGCCUCACGCCUCUGUGGCAUCUUAGCCCGGUACAAGGACGGAUUCCAAACCGCCACGGCAUCGUCGCGGUCCGGCUACUCGAUCGCAUACAUCAACGAGUUUAACGGGUUCCUCAUGGACAUCUGCAACUGCACCUGGCGGUCACGGGCCUUCAACGCUAAAGACGCGAAUGCCCACGCCUGUCUCAUGUCGCCCAACAUCGUCGAGUCAUUGACCCUAUACGUGAAAGCGCUCGAUCAGAACACACCCCUACCGUCGCUGUUCACACUGUCGGCCGCGCCAACGUGGGCAUUCAUGUCUGCGUCACACCUGCGCAAGCUGGAAGAAGCCGAGGCUGAGCAGGAGCCUCAGGGGUUGGUUGUGCGGCAUGCUGGGCCGGCGAGUCGUUCUAGCUUGGCCACUCUCACUAACAAGGGGGGUUUAAAUAUGACUUGGGACGACUAUCGCCUGGGAGUUCUGGGGUAUCUCGAGGACCGCGGCAUGGUGGGGGUGUGCGAUUUGAUGCAAAAUACCAUGACGACGUUGAUGAAGCGGGCUUGA